AUGGAUAAAUCUUAUAAAAUAGUUUUCUGUGGUGAUUCAUCUGUUGGUAAGACAUCCAUUAUUAAGAGAUUCACUACACAAAAAUACGAGCAAAAUACUGCUUCCACAAUCAACGUAGAUUUUUCUUCUCGUGAAAUUAAAGUGAACGAUGAGACAUAUCGCUUACAAGUAUGGGAUACAGCUGGUCAAGAGGCGUACAGAAGUAUCUCCGUUUCCUACUUCAGGAACGCAAAAGGAAUCUUCCUGGUAUAUGAUCUUACAUCAAGAGAAACAUUCAACAAACUCGAGGAUUGGAUUGAUUUAAUUCAAUCUAACACUCUUGGAGUUCCUUUCGUCAUUUUCGGUAAUAAGAGCGAUUUAGUAGACAACCAAUGUGUUUCCGAAGAAGAAGCAAUAUCUUAUGCUGAAAGGCAUGAAACAAUGAGUUUUAUGGGAUCUGCUAAAGACGGAAUCAAUAUCGAAGAGGCAUUCUACGAACUCACAAAACUUAUGAUCGAUUCAUCUGUCGAAACAGAGCAAGAAGGAGUUACACUCAAAGAGAAGCAAGAAAAGAAAACGGGCUGUUGUUAA